AUGUUACGUGACUUUUGCCGCAAAUUCUCACCGCCGAUGCCUAAGUCUGUGAUCGGAACGGCGUUUCAAUAUUUUAAGCGCUUUUAUCUCAAUAAUUCAGUUAUGGAUUUCCAUCCGAAGCACAUAAUCGUUACGUGUGUUUAUUUGGCCGCAAAAGUGGAUGAGUUUAAUGUAUCGAUGAAUCAAUUUGUGGCUAACGUUAAGGGCGAUCGCGCGAAGGCCUCCGAUAUUGUCCUUAACAAUGAGUUACUUCUUAUGCAACAAUUGAAAUAUCAUUUAAAUGUUUACAAUCCUUUGCGUCCAAUCGAAGGCUUUCUCAUUGAUUUAAAGACUCGUUACCCCCAAUGCGGUGAUCCCGAGAAGUUGAGGCCACAUAUCGACCAUUUCAUCGAUAUGUCACUCUUCACAGACGCCUGCUUUCUGUUUAGCCCUUCGCAGAUUGCAUUAUCGGCUGUUGUAUACGCGGCCACCUUGUGGUCAAUGAUUAAGUCGGUGUCGACGCCACCCAAAGAACAGGUGAAAGCCAUCGAAAAGAAGCUGGAAUUGUGUCGAAAUCAGAUCAAUAAUCCGGACUCUAAUGAAUACAAACGAUCUUUCGAUGAAGAGAUGGGCGAAGAAACGGUCGCUUUUGAAAAGUACGCGAAGCUAUGCGAAGAACAAGAAAAAAGAUUUAUGUGGUGCUGUGCAAUAUGUCCUCAGAUCAACAUUACAAUCCCGAGUCUGGAACAAAGUGACAAUUCGUCGCCCAAACACAUCAAUUGGGCGCAGUAUGGCUUAGACACCGAUUCCUAUGAACAGAGAACCGCUUUAGCAUCGGGUGCCGACGCAUCCCAUGUGCACGGCUUGGCCCACAACGAGCUCUAUCUCGAAGAUCAGGAUAGCUUUGGGAAGCAGUGGUGGAAAUCCAAUUUCUUUUUAUCCCAACCCAUAUUGUUUGGAACCUGGGAUGGAGUCUAUACUUCAUGUGUUAUUCACUUGUUUGGUGUAAUCACUUUCCUGAGGGCCGGUUGGCUUGUG